AUGGGUCUGUUGGAGUGCUGCGCAAGAUGCCUCAUCGGGGCACCCUUCGCCUCGCUGGUGGCCACCGGCCUGUGCUUCUUCGGGGUAGCGCUGUUUUGUGGCUGCGGGCACGAAGCCCUGACGGGCACCGAGCAGCUCAUCGAGACCUACUUCUCCAAAAACUACCAGGACUAUGAGUAUCUCAUCGACGUCAUCCACGCUUUUCAGUACGUCAUCUACGGCACGGCCUCCUUCUUCUUCCUCUACGGAGCCCUGCUGCUGGCCGAAGGCUUCUACACCACCGGUGCCGUGCGGCAAAUCUUCGGGGACUACAAGACCACCAUCUGCGGCAAGGGCCUCAGCGCAACGUUUGUGGGCAUUACCUACGUCCUGACCAUCGUCUGGCUCCUGGUCUUCGCCUGCUCCGCGGUGCCGGUCUACAUCUACUUUAACACCUGGACCACCUGCCAGUCCAUCGCCAACCCCAGCAAGACCUCCGCCAGCAUUGGCACCCUGUGUGCGGACGCCAGGAUGUACGGCGUCCUGCCCUGGAACGCUUUCCCUGGGAAGGUGUGCGGCUCCAACCUGCUCUCCAUCUGCAAGACCAGCGAGUUCCAAAUGACUUUCCACCUCUUCAUCGCGGCCUUUGUGGGGGCUGCUGCCACGCUGGUCUCACUGCUCACCUUCAUGAUCGCCGCCACCUACAACUUCGCCGUCCUCAAGCUGAUGGGCCGAGGCACCAAGUUCUAG